CUGCUCCUCCUCCCCGUCGCUACAGGCGAUGGUGUCUGCACCUCUGUUGGGUAGAACUGUUUGUGCAAGUUGCAGUGAGGACAUUUUGGAUAAAUACUUGCUGAAGGUUAACGACUUGUGCUGGCAUGUGCGUUGUCUCUCCUGUAGCGUGUGCCAAACAUCGCUUGGCAGUCAUACAAGUUGUUACAUCAAAGAAAAAGAGGUCUUUUGCAAAUUGGACUACUUUAGAAGAUAUGGAACAUGGUGCGCGUGCUGCGGUCGAAAUAUCCACUCUACAGACUGGGUCCGCCGGGCGAAGGGCAACGUGUACCACCUGGCGUGUUUCGCCUGUUUCUCCUGUAAGAGGCAGCUGUCCACGGGGGAAGAGUUUGCCCUGGUGGAGGAGAAGGUGCUGUGUCGUGUCCACUACGACUGUAUGCUGGACAACCUGAAACGCGCCGUGGAGAAAGGAAAUGGUGUGAACCUAGAGGGGGCGAUGCCAACAGAACAGGAAGUGAAUCAGCCCAAGCCGUCGAAAAGAGCGCGCACCAGCUUCACCGCUGACCAAUUACAGGUGAUGCAGGCCCAGUUUGCCCAGGACAACAACCCAGAUGCCCAGACCCUGCAGAAGCUAGCAGAGCAGACAGGCCUGAGUAGGAGAGUCAUACAGGUUUGGUUCCAGAACUGCAGAGCGCGCCAUAAGAAGCAUGUGAGCCCCAACCACUCCUCAGCCACCCCCCUGUCCUCCCUGCAGCCCGGUCGCCAUUCCCAGCCCACCCCGGCACCAGAAGAGCUGCAGUACACAGCCUACGGCACCCCAGAGGGCUCCAUGCUCACCGCGCUGCACUCCUACAUCGAUGUGCACUCCCCUCAGUCUAUGCUGUUCCAUCCUCUGCUGCCCCCCCACGCCAUGACCUCCCUUCCUGUGACCCACGCCUGAACCCCCCACACACACACACACACACACACACACACACACACACACACACACACACACACACACACACACACACACACACACACACACACACACACACACACACACACACACACACACACACAC